AACUACUGUUUAUAUAAUUUUCCUUAAUCUUAAUACUUCCCUUAUUUUUCCUCCUCCCAAUUUUUCCCACCGUUACCUGAGAAAGGUUCCCCUCCCUCUCCUCCGGCACCCAAUGGCAGACUGGUCUCAGCUACCCAAAGAACUUCUAUACCUAAUCGCCCAACAACUCCACAGCCCCUUCUACCAAAGCCGUUUCCGAUCCGUCUGCUCCUCGUGGCGAUCCUCUUUCUCCCCUAGACCUCGCCGCCGCUUGCCUGGUCGUUUCCCUUUCCUACCUAACGAUGGAAUUCCUGACUCUACCUGGGGUUUCCAGCUUUCCAGGCGCACCGUGUUCCUCAUGGGAUUCCCUAAUCCUCGUUCCCAAACACCCCCCGACUCCUCCUGGCUCGUUAAAGUGGAGGAAGUCCAUCCCGAUCGAAUGCGCUUCCUGAACCCGCUCUCUCGGUUCCAACUCAAGCCCUUACCAAAAUCUUUCCCCAAGGUAAUGAACCUGUCGGACCUCAAAGUAUUGGAAUUGGGUCAAGAAUACGUUCUCCACUAUAUGAAUUUCCGACCCUUCGGCGAGGCUCUGGGCGAUGUGGGAAACUUGUACAUGGAAAAAGUAGUUUUCAUGUGCUCGGGCUGCGAAGAAGCCGAUGAGUUCGCGUUGCUCACGAUUCAUGUUUCAGGGAAAUUGGCUAUGUUCAAGUCGGCUCAUAAGCGGUGGACUAUAAUACCCGAUAUGCCUUCGCCGUACGACGAUGUCGUUUUGUUCAGAGGGGAAUUUUACGCGGUUGAUGGUACGGGGAGGGCCGUAGUUGUUGGUUUGUCGUUGAAUGUGGGUUUGGUUGCGGAGCCCGUGUUUGGCGGCGACAAGAAGUUUCUGGUCGAGUCCAAUGGUGAGUUGUUGUUGGUCGAUAUGUAUCUGAGUGUGGGGGACGUAGGUUUUGGUGAUGGUGAUGGUGAUGGCGAUGAGAUUGUUGAAGAGGUUUAUGAUCGGUAUGUGGGGGAGAGGACGGUUCGGUUUAAGGUUUUUAGGUUGGAGGCUGAGGGGAAGAAGUGGGUGGAGGUGAGGAGCUUGGGGGAUCGGGUGUUGUUCUUGGGGGAUGAUUGUGCAUUUUCGGCCUCAGUGUCGGAGUUAUCAGGUUGCAUUAAAGGGAAUUGCAUUUUGUUUACGGACAAUUUCUUCUACAUGAGCUGUGAAGAAGGUGGUGUUAGUGGUGGUGAUGUGGUUUUUAAGGAGCGUGAUAUAGGCGUGUUUGAUUUAGAUAACGGUUGUAUUGCACCUUUAGAUUAUUUUCCCGAGUAUUCGAAGCUGUUCUGGCCGCCUCCAAAUUGGGCCACCGCAACACCGGUGGCAGUGCAAAAUCAAUUAGAAGAACUGGCAUUGUAAAGUGAUGGUUAUCUUCGUGGUUUUAUGGCCGUCAGCCAGAAAAGCUCUUUUCCCUCUGCAGAAUCGCAGAUUCAAGUGCUCGGACGGUAGCAAAAAUAGGAACUUGUUCUAAACAUCUGUCCGCGCUGGUGCUGUUGGGGGUGAAAAUCACAGGUGGGAGUGAUGGACAUGGAACGGCACCAAUCUGACUUCCUGUAAAGAUUAUAUCUUGAACAGAGUUCAACCGUGUCGAACGAUUGGGGGCGCCUAAUUAAGCAAUUGCGAGAUGCUGACUCCUAGUUGUUGCUCUAGCAAAUCUCGGCCUCUGAUAAUGUAUUGUCACAGAUGAGACUUGAGAGGGAAACAGGGGGGAGCUAUUGGCAACGGCUCUGCUUCUGAGAGGCGGUGGGAGCACUAAGAGGAUAGGAUUGUUAAGUAAAAAUUAACUUUAGUCAAGAACAUUUUUGUAUUUUGUUUUCUACACUAACGAAAGAUGCUCAUUUUCCUCCUGAA